ACCUUAUUCAUUGUAACGCUUAAGUUUUUAGAUGAGAUAUCACCCCAGGGAGAAUUUAUAUUGGUUAGUACAAAAAUUGCUUAAUGUUGAUCUCUAUUUCAUUCCAAGAUUGUAUGCUCAGUCAUUUCUCCGGUCACUAAGUGUGCCUGUUUUCUGCAAUCCAUGAUUAUCAAAUGCCGCUAUUUUCCAAUUCCAAGGAUUUACUUCAACUAUCAGUUACUAUUUCUAACUACCAUUGUUGCAACCAAUAGUUCCCCUUUAGCUUCAGUUCCUACUGUUGAGCUGACCCAUACCAAUGAUUCAUGUAAAUCCCACACUUGCAUUUCCAAUGCCCUUAAAAUUUCAGCCAAAAUUGGCAAUCUUGAUGAAGGCAAACACAUGCAUGCAAAUAUAAUUAAGUUGGGUAUGACUAACGUGCUUUCCCUGGGAAACCAGCUCUUGCAUGUUUAUGUAAAAUGCAAAGAGUUUGUUUAUGCGUGCAACCUGUUCGAUGAAAUGGGCGUUAGAAAUAUUGUAACUUGGAACACGUUGAUAUGUGGUUUAAGGUAUUCUACUGAGCGUUUUAAGACAAGUGAUCAUCUGGGGUUUUGUUAUUUUAAGCGAAUGUUGAUGGAAUCGGUGUCUCCUGAUUGUAUUACUUUCAGUGGGUUGCUCCGACUAUGUCUGGAGCAAAAUGAUGGUGUUUGGUUGGUCAAGGAGUUGCAUUGUGCAAUCAUGAAGCUGGGAUAUGAUCAAAGUUGUUUUCUUGGUGCCACUCUUGUUGAUUUGUAUGGAAAGUUUGGGUUGGUUGGAGAGGCUAGGUGUGUUCUUGAUGGGGUUUUAGCGAGUGAUUUGGUGUUAUGGAAUGUUAUGGUUUCUUGCUAUGUAUCAAAUGGUUUGGGUGAAGAUGCUUUCUGUUUAUUCAAUUUGAUGAGAUUGGAGGGGUUUAAGGGGGAUGAGUUUACAUUUGCUAGUCUACUUAAUUCCUGUGCUAGUUUGGGGUUUUAUGAUUCAGGCAGGCAGAUCCAAGGACUUGUCAUUAAAGUUUGCCUUAACAAGGAUGUGGUGGUUGAAAGUGCACUUGUUGAUAUGUAUGCAAAGAAUGAACAUAUAACCGACGCUCGUAAGGCUUUUGAUGCGAUGGCCUUCAGAAAUGUGGUCUCUUGGACCACUAUUAUUGUAGGUUAUGGACGUCGUGGAGAUGGGGAGGAAGCUAUUGAACUUCUAAAAAGGAUGUUAAGAGAGGAUUUUGUUCCCGAUGAGCUCACUUUGGCUAGUGUCCUUAGUUCAUGUGGUAACUUAUCAAUGGCCACGGAAACUGUACAAGUUCACAGUUAUGCAGCAAAAUGUGUAUUCUCAAAUUCUUUAUCAAUUGGAAAUGCAUUGAUAAAUGCAUACUCAAAGUGUGGUAGUAUUGUUCAUGCUUACCAGUCCUUCAGCUCAAUAAAAGCACCAGAUCUUUUCUCAUGGACAUCAAUGAUUGGAGCUUAUGCAUCCCAUGGCUUUUCAAAGGAAGCUAUUCAACUUUUUGAGGAAAUGUUGGUAAAUGGUGUGAAGCCAGAUAGUAUUGUAUUUCUAGAGGUUAUCUCUGCGUGUAGCCAUGGUGGUCUAUUUAGUAAAGGGCUGCAGUACUUCAGUUUGAUGACUAAUUACUACAAAAUUAUGCCAAGCUCAGAACAUUAUGCCUGUCUCAUAGAUCUUUUUGGACGAUUAGGCCUUCUAAAUGAGGCUUAUGAAAUUCUAAACUCAAUGCCAGUUGAAUAUCAACCAGAUGCCCUGAAGGCUUUCAUUGGUGCUUGUAAAAUCCAUGGAAAUAUGGAAUUGGCAAAAUGGGCUGCAGAAAAGAUUUUUGUUAUUGAUCCAAAUGAUACUGCUACUUAUUUCCUCAUGUCAAACUUGUAUGCCUCUGAUAGUAAUUGGCUUGAUGCAGCCUUGAUCUGGAAAAUGGCAAAAGAGAGGUUGCAUAACAAGUCGUCAGGCUGUAGCGUGGAAAUUACUGGAGGAAUCAACACAUUAGCAUGAAGCGACAAAUCCUUCUCUGCUGUUGCAAACACUUGGGCUGUUUUUAGCAUGGAAAUGGGAGGAGAACAGGGAAUGGAUGUAUAGGAAACAAAGAUGCAUUGAAUAUAUGUAGCAGCAGCUUGCAAGAUUGUGAAUGGGAAUUGUCUAUACUGCUGGCUUCUUGUCUACAGAGACUUAUUUGAGAAGGAAACUCAAGAUUUUAUCUGUAGCUUCAUUAGGAUCUGUAUAGUAGAGAAGAUUCAAACUUCCAUUCCGAGAAUGUAUGUUUCCUCGCUCUUGCUUUUGAUACUAAACUUUUCAUGGUUCGUCCUUUUCAUGUAACAUCUGCUAUAAGUGUAGAGAGCACAUAUGGACAUGGUAAACCAUAUAAUAAAUACAAACAACUGAACAGUGACCUAUGCAGCAGUACAUAUGGGACUCUAUAAACAGGACUCCUCAUUGGAACAGUUUUUUUUUUUUUUUUUUUUUU